CGUUUCACAGGUUUCUCAGGAGGGAGGCUAACAUGUGACAGCACACAGAGAAGCCAAGAGUACUGGAGAAGAUCAGAAGCCUGCAUGAGUGAGCUCAGCUUUCCCAAAUAUUUUCUUAAAGCGCUAUUCAAGGGACCACUGACCUCUGCAAUAGACAGCACCAUGGUGGAGCAAGAGAUGCUGCUAUCGUGUGCUUAUCCUCAAGAAAAGUGUUAUUCUGCAAUAGUUAUGAACUCCCGUUUACGAGCCUUAGGUGGGAGGAUAAAUAACAUACGAGCGUCAGAGCUACCAAAAGAGAAAACCCGAUCAGAAAUAAUCUGUAACGUCCACUUUUUGGAUGGCUCAGUACAAAGCUUCAAAGUCAACAAACAAGACACUGGACAGAUUUUGUUGGACAUGACCUAUAACCAGCUGGGUGUGACAGAGAAGGAAUAUUUUGGUUUACAGCAAAAUGAGACUUCAGUAGAUGCACCUUUUUUCAUUUCACAGCGAUGGCUUGAACCAAGCAAACCUAUUAGAAAACAGUUAAAAGGAAGUUUUCCCUGCACGCUUCAUUUUCGUGUAAGGUUUUUUAUACCUGAUCCUAACACACUUCAGCAAGAACAAACCAGGCACUUAUUCUUUCUGCAGUUGAAGAUUGAUAUUGCAGAAGGAAGGUUGUCAUGCCCCAUUAAUUCUGCUGUUGUCCUGGCAUCAUAUGCAGUACAAUCACAACUUGGAGACUAUAAUGCUUCAGUGCAUUGUUCAGGAUAUCUUUCAAAUUACAACUUUAUACCGGAGCAGAACAAAGAUUUUCUUACCAAAGUAGAAACGCUACAUGAGCAACACAGUGGCCUCAAGCAAUCUGAAGCAGAGUCCUGCUAUAUAAAUAUAGCAAGAACACUUGAAUUCUAUGGAGUGGAAUUGCACAGUGGUAGAGAUCUCCAUAAUCUAGAUCUUAUGAUUGGGAUUGCAUCCAGUGGAAUUGCUGUAUAUAGAAAACUCAUCUGUACAAGCUUCUAUCCCUGGGUGAACAUUUUAAAAAUAUCCUUUAAAAGGAAAAAGUUUUUUAUACAACAACGGCAAAAACAUAAUGAAUCCAGAGAGCAUAUUGUUGCCUUCAACAUGUUAAAUUACAGAGCAUGCAAAAAUCUUUGGAAAUCUUGUGUAGAGCAUCACACAUUUUUUCAGGCAAAGAAGUCACUACCUCAUGAAAAAAAGAUAUUAUCACAUUAUUGGACUCUGGGUUCUAGAAAUCCAGCAAAGUCUGUAAACAACCAGUACUGCAGAAAAGUGAUAGGUGGGAUGGUUUGGAACCCAUCUAUGAGACGAUCCUUAUCAGUUGAGCACCUAGAGACCAAAAGCCUUCCUUCUCGAUCACCUCCUGUUACCCCCAAUUGGCGGAGUCCUAGACUACGUCAUGAAAUCCGCAAACCACGACACUCAUCUGUAGAUAACCUUACGAACGAGAUUAGUUAUAUUACUGAAACAGAGGAUGUUUUUUACACAUAUAAGGGCUCUCCAACGUCAAAGGACAGCGAUUCAGAGUUCUCUCAGAACCGUAGUCCACAGAGGGGGUCAUCUGAACAAGAAUCACCAAAGAACGUAUUGGGAAACAGUCCAACGCGGAGCUCUCUGACCCGUCUCUCACCUAAAGCCUUGGCUCGGUCUCCCAAUGGAGUUGGCAACAUUUCUGGCCCUUACCCAUUGGAAGGGGUGGAUAAGCAGUUCCUAGAAACAUAUGACAACGUUACGAAAAGCAGCUUGACAGAAGACUCCAGUCAGUACUACUGUGAUAAGAAUGACCUAAUUGAGGGAGAUUUACUUUUGGUGCGUAUCAUACCAGAUGAAGAAGGGAAGUUUGGAUUUAAUCUCAAGGGUGGAGUAGAUCAGAAAAUGCCUCUGCUGGUAUCAAGAAUAACUCCAGGGUCACCUGCUGAUAAAUGCAUUCCAAAGCUGAAUGAAGGUGAUCAGAUAGUAUUAAUUAACGGCCGAGAUAUCUCAGAGCACACGCAUGACCAGGUGGUCAUGUUCAUAAAAGCCAGCAGAGAAUCUCACACAAGAGAGCUUGCACUUUUGGUCAGGAGGAAAGUAGUUAAACAGUUUGUGGAGCCCAUAUCAGAAGAUGAAGCUGAUUCCCACACUCUGCCAGACUCUAUUCUUCCUGUCUGUUCUGAAUAUGGUGGUGAUACACUGGAGGAGUCUAUGGAGCAGCUAAGAAGUGGACUAGAAAGUGGGACUGUCCUUAUUCAGUUUGAGCAACUCUAUAGAAAGAAACCAGGAUUGGCUGUUACAUGUGCAAAGGUACCUCAGAAUAUGGACAAGAAUAGAUACAAAGAUGUUCUACCUUAUGAUGCCACAAGGAUAAUAUUGCAAGGAGAUGAAGAUUACAUUAAUGCAAAUUAUGUGAAUAUGGAAAUUCCUUCUGCUGGCAUUGUGAACCGGUACAUUGCUACUCAGGGGCCUCUUCCACACACAUGUGCACACUUCUGGCAAGUAGUCUGGGAUCACAAAUUAUCACUGAUCAUCAUGCUAACAACUCUCACCGAACGAGGACGGACCAAAUGUCAUCAGUACUGGCCUGAUCCACCAGACGUAAUGGAAUAUGGCUGCUUCCGUGUCAGGUGCCACUCUGAAGACUGCACAAUUGCUUAUGUUGUCAGAGAAAUGGUCAUUACAAACAUUGAGACAGAACAACAGCACACCAUCACCCAUCUCCAGUAUGUAGCUUGGCCUGAUCAUGGUGUUCCUGAUGACUCCAUGGACUUCUUGGAGUUUGUGACCUGUAUGAGGCCAAAGAGAGUAAAGAAUGAGCCAGUUCUUGUUCACUGCAGUGCAGGAAUCGGUCGCACGGGUGUGUUGGUCACUAUGGAAACAGCCAUGUGCUUAAUUGAAAGGAACCAGCCUGUUUAUCCACUGGAUAUUGUACGGAAAAUGCGAGACCAGAGAGCCAUGAUGGUGCAAACAUCAAGUCAAUACAAAUUUGUUUGUGAAGCUAUUCUUCGUGUUUACAAAGAAGGAUUGGUUCGACCACUGGAUUCCAGUUAGCACAGCAGUGAAGGAUGAUUUUUUUUUUCCCUAAAAAGCCUGCUCUUUAAGUAAAGCAAGGGCUUGUUUCUGAAAGCAACUAGAAUGGACUAGAAGCCCGUGUAAAGACAGAUGAGCACAUUUGAACUGUGGCACUUUAAAUUUCUCAAGAAGAUUGCUAAAUCAUGUACAGUAUAACAAAGUCACAUAGAUAAAUAUAUGACAGCAAUUGUGUGUAAUAUGCUUUAUUCACAUAGACAACCAUAAACAAUCAUGGAAACCUUAACACACAUCUUUUACUGCCUUAAAACACCUUUUACUUUGGAAGUUACAAAGUUCCUUGUGUUUCCUUUGAAAUAGCAAAAGGAAAACUAUUAUUGAAAUGAUUCAUCUUAAUAAGGUAUUUAAUAUAUUUGUACCAUAUGAAAGCUCAUUGAAGGUGAAUAUUUGUAAUUUUCUUAUUGGGAUACUAAAUAUCCAUGGAACUGUAACCUUGACUAAAAGGCUGACGAAGAGCUUUAAAGGCUAAUGCAUAACUACUGUACACUGAGCUGGAGAAAUUUAGUAUUCAGUUACCGUAAAUCUAUUAGUGAGUAUGCCAGCUGUUAUAAUAUGCUGCUUAGAAAUCACAUCUACUGUAUGUGAUGUGAAAAUAAUGCUGCAGUUAGGCAUUUAUGCAGAUGGUACAGUCUACAUCUUCUGUUGAUCAAUUUUAGUUGCAACUUGCCCUUUUGACAGUGACCUACUUCUUACAGUUUUAAUCAUUGCACCCCUUUUCUUCUGUUUCUGCUGUCCAUCUCCUUUAUAGUUUUCACUGCUGUUUCUAUAUGUGUACUGAAAAUAUUUUAACUUAAAAUGAGGUUUAAUUCUCUGUCAUGUUUGUUUCCAUGUGUAUUUAUGAGUUCUCAGUUGUGAAUGUGGAUUAAUGUUGCACACAAGUACUAGACUUUUGACUUACUGUAUAUGCAAAGUAGUCUAAUCCAAUACUGGAAGAAAAAGUACUACUGAACCCAUCAAAUAUGUUGCUGCUAUUUCAAGGUGUGAAGCUUACAAGGGCACAGGUGUUGCUAGUGUUCAGAUGGUGAUAAAAUAUUGACUUGCUGCCCUCCAGCAAAGCGCUCUUAUCCAGUGAAACACGACUCCCUUUUGCAAGAGUUCUCCAGAUUUACUGUGUUUCUUGCUUAAUCAGAAAUGCAGUUAAAUUCACCUGAAGAUUUACAUGGGAAGAAAGAAUGAAUUUGUACUUUGAUGAAUAAUUCACCCUAAGGUACACUGGUCUAUAUUUCAUUUCAGAUGGGAGAAUUGGACUUUCUGAACAGUAUAACCACAUUUGUAUAAACUUAAAUUAUUUUGUGUGUGCUUUUUGAUUAACCUGAGAUAGUUAUUAAUUUUUAAUAGUGCUUAAAAAUAUUCUAAGGGACUGUUUAAAACUCUGUUAUUUAAAAAAUUAGUCCUAAAUAGGGAAAAAUUUUUAUGAGGCAUAUUAGCCAGAUGUUUAUAUGUAUAAAAGAGAAAAUUAGAUAAUUUUUUUUUUCAGAGAGGUAUAUAUGCACACACAUAUUCAAAUGUAUUUUAGAAUUAUGGUUUGUAUUAUGGAUAUUAUCAUUUAUAGCUGGAGUUUCAUUAUAGAAACUAUCACAGCUGUACAAUAUGCAUCUCUCAUGUUACUGGAAGACUAUGUUUUUUUCCUUCAAGAGGUAACUAGAAAGUGCAUGUAGGAUGAGCUAAAUUGCUGACUUGUCUUUUUCAGGCUUGAUCCUUUCUCCAAGAUUACAUUUUUAGCUGUAGCUGAAGAGGAUGUCUGGUUACUGGUUAUUGAUCAAAAGAGUUUUAAUUGAGAUGUGCAGAGUAGUUGGCAACAUGGAAACCUUCUUGGCUUUGUUAGGUUGAAUGGUGAAUAGGUUUGUGCUCAUCUUUACAUAGUGCAUUCCAAAUUUCACUUUGACUGGAGUUUUCUGUAAUAUUUUGGAUCCUUGUCAUCUUGCUUGAUUGGGCAUAGAUUGAAAACCAAAAGACUGGUUCACUCUUAUCUUGCUAAAUUGCAUCAGGUAGCUUAAUCAGUCAGUGACUCCAAAUGUACAAUGGUAGUGGAUGUGCACAUAUUACUUGGGAAGCUUUGUUACAUGUGUGCCUGUCUGUUAAAACAUCUCUUUUAUUUUUUUAAGUAUUCCCCUGCCCAGGUCCCUUGCCCAGUCCCCUGCCCAGAGUCAUCCCUUCCAGCUGGUAUGACUUGCAUUUAAUAGUUUGUCAAGAAGUGAAAAGAGGCAAGAAAAUAAAUUGUAAGAAAAUAUUUAGAGCAUGUUUGUGACAUCCCUGUCUUUCGUGGAAGUACUCAUUAUUUCUUUGUGUUCAAGGUUAUUCCUAUAUUCCAAUUGCUAUUUAUGUAUCUUCAUAUUUAAUAUGUACCUCCCAAAGCACUGUAAAUGUAUUUCUUGUAUAACUCCAGUCUCAAGAUACAUGGUAUAGGCUUGACUUGGGUUCGUGUGUGUGCAUUUAGAGGAUGACUGUCAUAUUGUGACAACAAAUGCUGCUCUUGUUUUGGUAAACUUGGAUGGGUUUGGUAAUACUAUUGGGGAGCACUUGGAUUUUAAUAACUUGUUUGAAAUUGCUGGCCGCAGAGCGAAUGCUCAAAGCUAUAUAAAUAGUAAUCUCUGUAAGUUUUUUGUUUGGGUUUUGUUUUUUUUUAACACCUAGGAGGAAAUAUUAACUACACAAGUAUCUUGUAUAUUGUGUCCAUCUUUAUUUCAGUCUUGCUGGGUUUUGCACAUGUACCUGUUGGGUCCAUAUGGGAGAAUUGAAGGGGUUUUGUCUUCUCUCUGUUUUGUGAUGACUUUGCACUGAAUGAAGUAUGCCUUAGAUCUGAUCUUGCAAUGAGAGCAUAAUUAUGAACACAUCUUACUGCCAGCUUUUGUUUUCACAAAAAUUAAGAAAUCACAAAGCUAAAGAUUUAAAUGGUCGGUUUGGGGGGAUUUUGGUGGGAGUUAAAACUUGUGAUCACAAAGUUUUUAAUUGUCAAGCAGUUGGCAAGUGGUAGAAGAUGCUGUGAAGAAAAGAUUCUGUAUAACCUUCUUAAACAUUUUACCCUUGAAUUUUCCUGUGCUGGCAUGGUCAUGAAAAUAAGUAUUCAAAAUGUCUGGUGUGGUGGUGGUGGUGGAUGAAGAGGGAGCAAUAAACCCUUGAUGUUUUCAUCACUGUGAAAUACACUAACAUUUAUUUCUACAGAAUUAAACAAAUUUUAACUUAGUGGCUUUAUAUUUGAUGUGGAAGUAACUAAACUGCCUAUUCAGCGUGUCUUCAGAAAUCUCACAGGGGAACACUUCUGAGAUAGAGGUGAGAAGGACAGGUCUUGCUAUUUGUUAAAAAUAAGAAAAACAGUGCCCUUAACCAUGAAUGCCUUUUGUGUAACCAGAUGUAUGAAAUACAAGUCAUUAAAAUACAACCAAACCUUGAAUAGUGGUGGUGUUUUACCAAAAAAAAAAAAAAAAAAAAAAAAAAAAUUGCAAUCUAGGAGUUUGCUUUUCAUAUCCUGUCUUUUAGGUGUUGAUACUAAAUUGACAUUACAGUCAAAAUGUACCCACAAAUUCAGCAAUAAGUCUUCAUAUACACUCAGUUUUUUAAGCGUUUGUUUUCCUUUUUUGCCUCAUAUUUCUUCCUAUGCAGUACUUGGUUAAAUAUAUAUCUAUUUUAAAAGAACUCUCUAGUUCUGGACUAUAUAAUGAACUUUGCAUUGGCUUUAUAGUAUGAUACUUUUUUACAAAAAAGCUCUUCCCUGUAGACAGUAUUGUUAUGUCAGGCUAAAUGCAUAAAUGUUAAAAAUAGAUGUACAUGGUUCAUACUCAGUCAAUUAUAAUUUUAACAUAGUUGUUUCACUGAUAAUGGCUUUAUUUUUCUAUCCUGAAAUGUAGCAUUUAAGUGCAAGUUUAUUUAGUUCUUUCAGCCUUUCCAGAAAUAUGUGCUGGGGAAUGUUUGUAUUUUGAUUCGUAACCUGCAACCAGUCUACUUGGUUAAAAGCAUUUAUUAAUUGAAGCUAUAUAGAAGGUAAAGUUUUCAUUAAAUAUUUUGUUCAAAGGCCAAGUGAAUGAUUAAUUCAUUAUAUAAAACAAUGUUUUGAUUAUGGGGGUUUCUUGCAUUUAAGUUCUGACACUGAUAGUGCUCAGCCAUCUCAAAUAGCUGUCUGUUUUAACUGUAGUUUACAUUAACAGUUUAAGUAUACAGGUCUAAUGUAAUAUGAUUUAGUUUUAGAGUACUUAACACUGUAUAAGCUUCAAACAGUAGCAUCCACAAUCAUGAAGCCUGUCAUUCUAAAGAAAAAGUAAGUUUCUCCGAAUCAAAAGAAAUACCACAUAAUAUCAAUGGAUUUAACCAUUUUUCAGCUCAGACUACUGUGCUAUAUUGCUACUCAAUGCUACUGUGACAGUAGCAUUCUUACUACUCAUAUAAAGAGCAAAUGUUGAGGAUCAGUAAUAUGGGAAAAAACAAAUUGUAUGGAUUGUAAGAAAUCAGGAAAUACUGUUGUCUUUUUUUUUUUUUUAAAGACAAAUUCAUCUCAAGAGGGGACAUUUGCUUGCAGACUACUCGGCUCAGAGUAGUCUUAGUUUGUGCUUUAUUUUGGGUUUAGAUGCAGGUUAACCUUUCAUUAAAGUUGUAUUUAAAAUAUUAAAGUGUUUAUUUUAAUAGACAUUAUUGAAACACUUCAGUUUACUGUUAACUGUUUAACUUCUGUUUACUUGGCUUACAUGGUUCUGUUUCUUGAAAUGUUAUUGUUUUGCCUUAUAAAAUCCCUUUGAUGUUUCCUCCAAGUGUGAAACUGGCUUUGUCUCAGGCAGGCAAAAUGAUGUUACUGUUGCUUAAGAAAGGAUGUUUUUCUUUCACCUGCUGAAGGGGCAGUGUGGUGUUCAGACCAGUCUCAAACUGAUCUCUUUUCUAAACAGUGCUGCUAGCAGUGGUCAAAAUGAAGCUAUAUGGAAAAGCAUAUGAGAAAUGUUUUCCUUGGGGCGGAUAAGACCUGGGUUUAACUUAAAUAUAAAAAGAAAAAAAUCAAACAUUGUGAACAUGAAAAUGCUUUUAACAGAUAAAGUAGGGGCAGAAAAGAUAUUAUUUUUUUACUCUUUUUCCUUUGAAACACUUUUGUGUUUUAAACACAUAAUUUCUCUUAGAACAAUUUCUUUAGUAAAGAGCCAUACUGUUGGCCAUGGGAUUUAAUUUUUGUUAAAACCACCAGGAAAUAAUUUUAAGUAGAACAUUUUCCUCAUCUACUGGUUUGUGUUCUUAAGUAAUAUUAAAAAACCCCCCUUAAAUAUUUUCCUCUUAGAAAUGAUAUUGUCUUUUUUCAUGUGAUGUUUUUUCCUGAGACAUAAAUGGAACCUGAAUUUGGCUGGGUUGCCCUGCUGUUGAGGUUGCCUGCAACCCUGUUGAGGUUGACCUGCAUGCUUAAGAGGAAGAUGCUUUGUUAGGGCUAUUAAACCCCUCACCUAACAUCUGUUACCAACUUAAGCCAGAGUAGCAUCAUAUUUCUAUCAGCCUUUUGCAGUAUAAACAUUUUGUAAAUAGUCCUUGGAGCUUGCUCUCCCAAGCACCAAGAAGUAGUCUUGCACCAAGCUAGAAUUUAUGCUUUAAAUCAAAAUUUAAAAAAAAAAAGUUAAAAAAAAAAUCUAAAUCUUCAAGUAAGGAAUGACUAUUUACCAAAUUCUGUACAAAAUGUACCUUGUCAAAGGAAAAAAAAAUUAGUUUUUCUUACAAGAUGCAAAGGUUAGCUGCUAGAUGUACCUUAUCUGUGGGGGCAGCUUACCUAGUCAUAAAGCAAAUUGGCUCUCAGCUAGCGUGCAGAGUGUGGCCACUAAAGCACAGAAAGUGCAUCAUCAGCCCAAAUGCCUCAUUAUUUGUCAACUUUCUUGCACAUGGUUGGUUGCAGUCCUGCUUCAGGAAGGAAAAAGGGCUGCCUUCCUUUGGGAAAGAGACUGAAAUAUCCUGCACGGUAAAUCCACAGCCUACGUUGGUCUUGGUGGGGUUGUACUUGUAUUACCUAACUUGAGCAGUCUAGUUCAAAGUGAGAUCAGGUCUAUCUGCAUGGGUUUGCAAGGAUAUCAAAGCAGUCCGUUCCAAAAACCCAAAAAGCUCAGCCCAGCAGAGUUAAUUGCAGUGGGCUUCAUUUGCUUCAGAUAAGCAGCAGGUGAGUGUGGCAGCACUUGGCUUAGUCCUGAUCAGGGCCCUUCUAAUUCAGAGCUUUGCAUACAUGAUUGAAAACCUGGGGUUUAGCAGGAACUGAAUUACUGUCUGUAGAAAUUAGGUGGGGAAUUAGUGUAUGCACUCAAAUGUAAAUCUAUUUCUAAUCCCAGUUUUGCAAAAUAAAUGAAGAGUAUCAGUGCUUACAUUCCAGUAACCUGUGCAGUGAGCACUAAACAUAAUUUAUUUCAGUUUUCACGCUUCACUGUGUAACCUUAAUAGAGAAGUACAAGGUGUAUAAUGGGGACAGUCCUAUAAAAGCUUUAAAUAUCUGCCUGCCAUUCAGUCUCACAAAUAAUGUAAUGGUUAAAACUGACCUUGAUUACAACUGAUAUGGAAAUGUGUUUAUAGGAGUGGAAUAAAUUGCAUAACAGUUGAGAAA